AGUUUCACAGACAGAUUAUGACAGAUUAUCGCGCGAUAUCGCUAACCAUUGUAAAGAGCUGCACUGAAAAAUAUCGCGAGUGAGUAUAUCGCAUGCGAUUAAAGGCCUGCAUUGUAAAGGAAGCAUAAUUUUGAGCAAAUCGCAUGAUCUCGAGAGAAUCGCGUAAAAAAAGAUUGCACCUUCAUCGGGGCGCGCUCGUCAUAACUACACUCGUACGCGUGCUCGAAGAUUUUUUUUCCAUCGAGGCGACAAUAGACACCCCGUAAUUUUAAGAAAAUCGCGUAAUUUCGAGAGAGCCGCAUAAAAAAUCACGGAAAAAAUCGCGUAAAAAAAUAAUCCAGUGUACUGUUAACACGAAUGCAGUCAAAAUAAUGUUUCUACUAUUCGCCACGAUGCGGCACGGCAAACGCAUGCGCAGAAAUCUUCCGUAUCGAUAAUUUCCGUCAAAUGACACUGCAGAGCGCCUCAUGUUCCAAAAGAAAACAAGCAUUGCGUAUUCUUGUGUUCGUUCGUACAAGCAUAAAAAAGUGGAUUGGUUCAAUUUUGCCGAAUAAAUGAAGCGUGCAUAUCCAAGGGAUUCCGAAGCGGGAUCCAAUGGUGACUCCAACGAGAACAAUGGACCAUCCGGAUUCAAGCAACCUGCGUGUGUACGUCUCAUCAACAAGCAAAGGGAAACCCUCCCGGUGCACAAUGUGCGCCAAGAUAUAAUCAACAAUGUGAAUAAAAAUCAGACGGUUAUCCUGCUGAGCGACACCGGAUCCGGGAAAAGUACGCAGGUUCCCCAGUUUCUCUACGAAGCGAAUGUCAACCGGGGGAAGCUGAUUGGAAUAACACAGCCGCGGCGAGUUGCAGCGAUAACUGUGGCAAGAAGGGUUGCCCAGGAGCAAAUGACGACUCUUGGCGAUAUUGUGGGAUACUCGGUUCGUUUUGAGGAUGUAACGUCCGAACAUACGAGAAUUAAAUUUAUGACUGACGGUACACUCUUCAGAGAGGCACUUUCUGACCAGUCGCUGAAAAAAUACAACGUGAUUAUCCUGGAUGAAGCGCACGAAAGAACGAUAGCAACUGAUGUGCUCUUUGGAAUCGUUAAAAAAGCGCAACAAUUUCGAAAAACGAAACUGUUCGAACCAUUGAAGGUGAUAGUGAUGUCCGCCACAAUGAAUGUGGAUCACUUUUCACAGUAUUUCAACCAAUGUCCGACGCUUUACAUGCGUGGGAGUAAUUACUCGGUUAAAGUGUUUCAAUCAAUGGACAACGUUCACUAUCUGGAAGCAUGUAUAAGAACCAUCUUCCAGAUUCACGAAAAACGAGACAUCGAAGGAGACAUUUUGGUGUUCCUUACAGGACAAGAAGAAAUAGAAUCAACGGCUGUGUUAGUUCGAAAACUUGCCAAAAUAAUGUUUCAGCGAGAGCUAUCCAGUCGUCGUCUGACUGUUCAUCCAAUGUACUCGGCUAUGUCGCAACAAAAUCAAUUGGAUGCGUUCAUUGAGGCACCUCCUCUCACACGUAAAGUCAUUCUGGCGACCAAUAUAGCCGAAACAUCUAUCACGAUACCCGGAAUCAAAUAUGUUAUAGACUGUGGGAAAGCUAAAAUUCGUGCCUACGAUCCAGUAACUGGCAUUGAUUCGCUGAAAACAUCAUGGAUAUCGAAAGCCCAAUCAUGGCAACGAACAGGUCGGGCCGGUCGUUUGGCGGAUGGAGAAUGUUACCGAACCUAUUCGAAGGAGGAAUUCAAAACUAUGGCUGAGCACAGCAAACCGGAAAUUUUACGUUGCAGCAUUACCGCAUCUACUCUACAGCUUUUAGCGCUUGGUAUCGACUCUCGGGAAUUCGAUUUCCUAGAUAAACCACCGCUCGAUGCAAUCGACAGUGCCCUCCAAGAGCUGAAGCAGCUGGGAGCUAUCCAGUCCGUUGAAACACCAGCUUUAACCACCAUAGGUCGGAAAAUGUCCAGGCUGCCGCUAGAUCCAAAGUACGCCAAAAUAGUUCUAAGUGCACCGGAAUUUGGCUGUUUGGAGGAAAUUCUCACAAUUGUUGCCAUGCUGUCAGGGGAAAAUGUCUUCCUCAACAGCAACCAAAAACGAGAGCAGCUCUUGGCGGCCCAUUCCAAGUUUCAUGCCGCGUGCGGAGACCACAUCACAAUGUUGAACGUAUUCAACGACUUCAAAACCAAGGACAAAGCGAAGCGCUGGUGCUACGACAAUUUCCUGCUGGAGCGAAAUCUUAGCUAUGCUGCCAAUGUGAGGCUGCAACUGCGUGAUAUUUGCCACUCGUUGGGACUCCAGAUGAGUUCCUGCGGCAGUGACCCCAUCCCGGUGGUAAAAUGUCUUCUCACGGGUUUGCAUAAAAAUAUUGCUGAACUGCAGCGGGACAAUUCGUACCUGAUUAUGUCGAACCGAGCACGCUCCCGCAUCCAUCCAUCCAGCGUGCUGUGCGGUCGGGCGAGACCCGGUUAUGUGAUAUACACGGAAUUGGUGGCAACCGGAAGGAACUAUCUGCGUACGGUCAGCGAAAUCGAACCGGAAUGGAUCGGCGAGGUUGUCCCGAAUAGCAACUUUUUCGAUCGAAUCUCAUACGGAGCCAACCGAGGCAGUACUAGCAGUUACGCUACCGGCAACUAGGUACGAGCAAACCAUCAUUGGAAUACUGCUUAGAAUCAUUUCAACAAGUGAUUGAUAAUUUCAGUUAGCUAAUUUAAGCUUCUUUUUGAUUUAAUGUAAUUAAUAUAAAAAUACAAACAAAAUAGUCAAAUCAAUAUUCAAUAUUCCUGCAAUUAAUAUUAUUAUAACAAAGACUGUUUCUAAGAAAGUGUAAUGUCUUCGAAGGAUUUUUGAAUAAAAAUGUUCACUUUAUGUAUACGA